AUGCUUGAUUCUGAACCAAGAGGCCGACUCUCUUUCGGGGGGAAAAUUGAUAAGUUUAGAAAUGUGAAGUUUUCACUAAUUUAUAAAGAGAAUGAUAAUUCAACUAUUUAUUUGUUAUUGAUCAACAAAACAUUAAAUGAAGAGGUUUUUACAAUUCAGGAAAUGAAGAAGGAUAUUUAAUUAUAUACAAUAGAACUAUCUCUUAAAGAAAACUGCAUCUAUAAAUAUUACUAUGAAGCUCUAGAUAACAGAACAUAAUAAAAAGAUAUAGAGCUAUAAUGCAGAUAUUUUUAAUUUGCUGAGACUGAGAAGAUGUUAAUAGAUUAAUGGAACAAAUUUUGGUGUUUAUACAGAAUUCGUCCAAAAACUGAUGAAAUAUUUUAAGCAUAUCAAAUAUAAAUAAAGAAUUGUCAAAAUGAAGAAUACUUUGAAUUAAAAAAGUCAGCUAUUCUAUUUCCAGCAAAAGAUUAUUAUGAAUUAAUGGAUAAUGAUAUGACUUAAUAGAUUAGAUAAUUUUCAUUAAGAUCUUAAAAAGAUUAAACAGAGGAUCUCAGUUGUUAAAUUCAUUUAUAGAAUAUCAAUAAAUUUAAAAUGAAUAGUUUUUAUGUUGAAUUUGAUCUUUAAUUAUUUUAGAAGUAAAAGGCAGAAGAAAUAAAAAAUUAUUUAUAGAUUUUUGAGACAAACUAAGAAUGGAAUUACAUGGAUUAAAUUAAAAUAUUAAAACAAUAAGUUGAAGAAGCAAAUAAAAAAGUAUCAGAAUUAGAAUAUGAAAAAAGAGAAUUAAGUAAUAAUCUAAAAAUAAAAGAAUAAGCUUUGAUUGAUUAAUUAACCUUAAAUCAACAAUAAAAAAAAAGUCAUAAAAAAGAGAUAGAAAAUAUUAUUAAUCAAAAUUUGUCAGAAAAAUAUAAUCUUUCAAACAUUCAUUAUAACGAGAUAAAAUAUUUAACUGAAGAUUUUGAUAAAAAAAUCAAAUAUCUAUCAGAUUAAGCAAUUAUUUAAAAUCAAUAAUAUAUAUCAAUUUAAGAGGAUUUCAAUUAAUUUUAGAAGAAUUCUUCUAAAAAAAUAAAUGAUUAUAUAGAGAAACUUUAAGAAUCAUAAAAUACAAUUUAAAUUUAAGAACUUCAAUUGAUCUAACUUAAAAACAAUAACACUAAUAAUGUUAGUAAUGAUCAUUAAUUUAAUUAAUAAGUUGUUAUAUCAUUAUGUGAUAUUGAUUAAAAAGCAUCAAAUGAAGAGAUUGCUUAGAUGAAUAGUUUAAAAGAUAAACUGCAAUAAUAUGAAUAAACAUAACUUGAAUUGAAUAUAAAGAAUUAAGAAAUUGAAUUAGAGAUUGUAAAGAAUGAUAGAUUAAAAUCAGCAUUUAUGUCAAAGAUCAAUAAUUAUAUUGAAUAAUAAGAUAUUUGUAUACAAAAUUUGGAAAAUACAAAAAAAGAACUUCAAGAAUAUAUUCAAAAAAAUUAAAUUUUAGAAUAAACUACUUAAUAAUAAGCUGAACAUAAUCAAAAACUCUAAAAAUUAUUAGAAAUAGUAAAAAAGAAAUAUACAGAACUUCAAACAUAUAAAGAAUAAUAUUAAGAAUUAUUAUAAAAAUAUGAAUAUCAAAUGGAAUAAUUUAAAUAAUUGGAAUAAUAAAAAAAAUUAGAUGAUGAUGAAUUUGAAAAGUUUAAAGAAGAAAAAUCUUUAUAAAUAAAUUCAAUUGUUAAUGAUUAUCAUUAAUCAAUUAAAUAAUAUUAGAAUGAAAAUUAAAUAUUAUUGGAAAAAUAAAAAGCAGAAUAAUUAUAAAAAUUAUAAUAAUAACAAUAAUUAUUUUUAUAAUGUUCUUAAGAGAUUUUAGACAAUAUAUUUACAGAAAUUUUAAGUCCUUAUUAAAUUCAUCAAGAAAGAUUCUAAAGAAAGUUAUCAUGUAAUUUAGAUAGUGAAAUACGUAAUAUUAAAUAUUUAAUGCUUAUAAAUUUUGAAACUGCCAUAAAUUUUGCUGCAGAUGGAAUUAAUAUUAUUACAAACAAUUCAUUUAAUGAUUUAAAGGAAGAUUUAAUUAGUAUCCAUACAUAAAUAAUUGAUUAAAUUCACAAAUAUAAAGAAAAUAUAGACUAAUCAACUAUGAAAGGUUUGUUAUCAUUUAUGAAUGAAUUUUAAAAAAAAUUAUUAGAAAUCAAAGAUUUUGCAUAUUAAGUAGAAGACAUGUUAGAAUAAGAUCAAAAUUAGAUUGACUUAAUUAAUAAUAAUUGUUAAACUCUUGAAAAAAUAUUAGAUAUUGUGUUAAAAUUAAACAGUGUUUUAGAAAGAAAAAAUGAUGAAUUAACAAUAUUAUUAUAAAACUAAGAUGGAAUUAAUUAAACUUUUGAACAUUACAGACAAAGAACCUUAAGUCUUAUCAAUACAAAUGUUAUAACCAUAGGCUUAGAAUCCUUAUGA